GUCUCUGGGGUACCCGCCGUGUCUCUGGGGUGCCCCUGCCUGCCCAGGGUGCCCUCUGUGUCUCUGGGGGUGCCCUUUGUGUCUCUGGGGUACCCCAGUGGCCAUGGCCGAGCCGCGGUACCUGCAGGCCGAGUGCGCUUUCCGGCCCGGGGCGCACACGGUGCGGGUGACCCUGAGCCGCAGCACGCUGCGGGUGGAGGUGGAGGCUCACGGCACCAGCGACCUGUGGAGGGGAGAGUUCGAUGCCGCCUUUAUCGAGGACCUGACCCGCAAAACGGGGAAUUUCAAGCAGUUUGGCAUUUUCUGCAACAUGCUGGAGUCGGCACUGACACAGAGCAGCGACUCUGUCAGCCUGGAGCUCCUCACCUUCACCGACCUGGAGACCCUGCACAGCCGGAAAGUGGGAGCAAUCACCCGGCCUCCCCCUUCCACCUCUUCCCCCCUCAGCACCAGGCGCUACCUCAUCCUGGUCUACUCUGUGGAGUUCGAUAGGAUCCAUUACCCUCUGCCGCUGCCCUACGCGGGCCGGCCGGACCUCGUGGCGCUGGUGCGGGAGCUGCAGGAGCAGCUGGGCCAGCUCCGGGCCCGGCGCCUGGAGGAGACCCAGCACUUGCGGGACGCGCUGUGGAAGGCGCUGGAGGAGAAGCGGGCAGCAGAGCGCCGGCACCAGCGCGAGUACCGGCAGCUGGCUGCAGAGCUGGCCCAGGCAAAGGCAUCAGAGCAGAAGCUGCAGCUGCGGGUGAAGAACCUGACAGCUGAACUGGCCUCCUGCAGGAGAGGCCGCCAGAAAUCUGCCAGCCCGGCCCCACAUGCCCGGGAACGACGCUCAGCAUCCCUGGAGAGCCACAGGAGCAGCCGGGGCAACCCCUCGCCAAAAUCCCUGUCACCUGCAGGCUCUCGCCCACCACGCUUCGACCCCACUGCCUUUGUCAGGGCCCGGCAGCGCCGGCAGAAGGAAGCUGAGCUCAGAAACCAGCGGCGUGGAGUGGCUUCUGGCAGCAGCAGCCCGGCGAGGAGCCACCGGCGCAGCUCGUCUGCUGACAGUUCCCGGAGCUGGCGCCUGGGAGGGAGCCCUGGCAGCAAAGGCCAUGAGCGCCCCGAGCCCGUGUCCUGCAGGGACAGGAGAGUGACCCGUACACGGAGACCCCUGAGCACCUCGCUCUGCAAUGGCCCCUCUGUGGUGCCUCGCCCAGCUGCCAGCCACAAGCUGCCGGUGUGCAGGACUGCUGGCAAGCGCCCUGGUAAAGAGAACCGCUCCAAGGAGCCCUCAGCUGAACUGGCUGAGAUCGAUGCCCGGCUGCAGGCUCUGCAGGAGUACAUGGACAGCCUGAACACCUGCAUGUGACCCCCUCCAGGGACACACACCCUCUCCCUGUGUCCUCUGGAGUUUUGGUACAAAUGCUCCCCCAAAUAAACCCUUCUUUGGCCCCAGA